GCUUCAUAUACUCAUCAUAUACUUGUUUUUCCGGACGGAGGGAGUAGACACCAGCAUAACACUAUGCCUGCGCCUGUCGACGCCACCAUACAGGCCGGCCGCAUGGCCGCGCUCCUCCCCUCCCUCCCGCUGGAGACCCGGUGCCCGCCGCUCCCCCUCCGCCGCUACAACGGCUUCUGGCUGCCGGAGGCGGUCCUGACGGAGCUACCGGCGAUCCAUGCCCGCCUACGGCCCCGGCCCAGCGACAUCUUCCUCGCCAGCUUCCCCAAGUCCGGAACCACGUGGCUCAAGGCCCUCGCCUUCGCCACGGUGCACCGGGCCAGGCACCCGCCGUCCGGCGCCGACCACCCACUCCGCCGCAUGAACCCGCACGAGUGCGUCCGGUUCAUGGAGAUGGACCCGGAGCUCCGGCGUGACGCCAGCAGCCUGCUGGAGGAGUUCGAGGAGCUCGACUCCCCGCGCGUGCUCGGCACCCACCUGCCGUACUGCCUCCUGCCGGACAGCAUCGCCGGCGAGGCGGCGGGGAGCCGGAUCAUGUACGUCUGCCGGAACCCCAAGGACGCGUUCGUCUCGGGGCUGUUCUUCGUCAAAAAGGUCUCGUCGGCGUACGGCGCUGGUGCCGGCGCCGGCGCGCAGUCGUUGAGCCUCGAGGAGGCCUUCGAGCUCUUCUGUGAGGGCCGCCUGUUCGCGGGGCCUCAGUGGAAGCACGUCCUCCAGUACUGGGAGGCGAGCAUGAGGAGGCCGAAGCAGGUGCUGUUCCUCGAGUACGAGAGGAUGCUGCGCGACCCCAAGGCUACCGUGAAGAAGCUGGCGGAGUUCAUGGGGUGCGGAUUUUCCAAGGAGGAAGAGGAGGGAGGGGUCGUGGAUGAGAUCGUGAAGCUGUGCAGCCUGAAGGAGCUCAAGAACAUGGAGGUGAACAAGAGCGGGGGGAACCAAGCCGGCGUCAGAAACGAAGCCUACUUCCGCAAGGGAUCGAGUGGUGACUGGAGGAACCACCUGACGCCCGAGAUGGCGGCGAGGCUGGACAAGAUAGUGGAGGACGCGCUGCAGGGAUCUGGGUUUGCCUUCGUGGAUGAUGCAAUUAUGUAAUUGACAGGUUCAUCAUCAUUCAGCAGGCAUACAUCAUCAUCGGCAAAACGGGUUGGCAUUAUUUUUAGUUUCUGUCUUCAAUCAGCAGCAUUAUUUGGCCUGAGUGAUCGGGAGGAAAUAAGGAAAUUAGAGUUCGAAAUUAGUAUGUCAUACAGAUUUGUUUUGUUCCUUCGAGACUGUUUCCAAUACCAUGAAUAAAGGAAAUGAAUUCACUUUU